AUGCCUUCAAAGACCAUAUUCUUGAUGGGCGCUCCUCUAUCUGGACAACUGGACUGGGACAACGACGAGCUUUUCGACAAGCCAACGCCACCAUUCCACGGUUCGCAAAACACCGAGGAAAAUCAACUACUCACAAAUGAACGAUCCGUGAAAUGGCGGGUGUUACAGCCUUUGGAAAAUGAGCAACCCAAUGUCCAUCAGUCCUUCUAUUAUGGACCGGACGACCCGAAUUUCCUGACCACACAUCAGCUGAAGACGUUGGAAGACGCGUCAACUCCUGAAGAUGAAUCCAUACUGUUUCAGUUCUACGAUCAUUCAUUUGCUGUCCACGAAGCGUCAGAGAUAUCGAUCUCCAGAUUAUCAGACGACAGUACGCAGGAGACUGAGCCUAGAGACGAAAAACAACCUGCUACUACCUUGCCCGAAGAAGAAAUAUUCGAAUCAUCCUCGCCUAUGCGAAUACCGGGGGUCUUGAGCAAUUUAGAGGAUCUUCCCACGGCGAAACAUCUCCAAUCCAUCACUCCACAAACCAAGACAGUCAAUCUGAUCGUCGGAAUCAUUGCAAUCCACCCACCCCGCCGCAUAGUAACACGACAAUGGAAGAAAGAAUUAGAUCUCAUUGAACUUGUGGUUGGAGACGAAACAAAGACUGGAUUUGGGGUCAACUUUUGGCUUCCUGCCGAGAAGCCCGCCAAGACCCAGGAGAUCGACCGGCUGGGGCAAACGCUGGCCGCGCUACGGCCUCGAGACAUCGUUCUGCUGCGGACAGUAGGACUGAGUACAUUCCAGGAUCGAGUCUACGGGCAGAGUUUGCGAGGAAUGACGCAAAUCAACCUUGUACAUCGGUGGCCGGCGGACAUGACGGAUGCGGGUGGACAUCGGGCCCAGCGCGGCAAUCGGGAGAAGCUUAACAGAGUGCGCGAGUGGGUGCUCCGUUUCGUGGGGACGGAUACGGCGGGUAGCAUGUCGGGAAUGCCAGAGACACAACGUGGGCAGCUGCCCCCGGACACUCAAGAAUAG